AUCAGAGUUAUGACGUUGGAGUUUUUUCUGUUCUUCGGGUUGCUUUUAUUUAAUAGUUCUGGAAACUAAGAUUGUGAUUUUUAAUUUGUCUGCAAAGAAACUCUCACCACGACGAUCAUCUAAAGUCACAUCCUUAAUUCAUCUACAAAUAGAAGAAUCAUCGCAGCUAAUUCAAAAUGAUUUCACGAGUCCUAUUAGUACUCUCUCUUUUCUUCACAAUCAUCGCCGCAACCUCAAUCCCAAUAUGUAUCACCGAUUCCAGCACAACAACCUCUUUCAAUAUAUCUUCUCUAUCCAAAUACACCACCCAAAUCUGCACCCAAAUCGCUUCCAACAAUUUCUCAUCCACGGCCAAGAACUACAAUAUAGAUUCCAGCUCCAGCUCCAUCGUUUCGCUUGCCUUUACAUCUGCAGCCACAACUUGUCCAGGGAAUAGUUCCGCAAGCGACUGCGAAAUCGUUUAUGAUCAUCUUUUCUCUGGGUGUGGUGACAACAGUUCUUCAAUCACGGGUUCAGGUUCCAUCGAUACAGGAUGUGGCGUAUAUAAUUUCCAACUCAUAAAUACAAAUCCGAAUACUUCGAAUUCGACAAGUGUAUCGAGUGAGAGUGGAGCUAGUAAAGCUAGCGUGGUUAGUUAUUGCACCGUCACGGGUAGUGUGCUGUUUGGAGUGGCGGCAUUGUUUGGCUGGUUUCUGUGAAGAGGGGUUUUGUUGUUGGAGUGGGAGAUGAUUGUUCGACUGCUGGAUUUAUAGGUAUAUUUGUUGUGGUUUCGGUAGAUGUGGUGGGAAUUGGUUCAGUGAGAUUUGUUGCGCUAGAUGCGAAUACAGUUCGGUUAGGAUGGGUUUUCGUGGCUAUCCCUCUUCAUUGUGAUUCAGUCUGAGGACGUAUCAAUUUCUAUUAAAAUGGUUGUUCUUGCUGCAUCCUUGCAUCAGAGUCUUUGAUACAUUAGAUUUUAUUUUUGUUUUUAUGAUUUCACGAGUGCUAUUUUUAAAGCAAUUUAUCGAGCGGGACAAAAGGAGAGAGAAUCUGAAAUGUAUAUCAUUCAAAC